CUAAACCUUAUGCAGAAUUACGGUAAUCAUGGCGCUAUUUUGCACGUUCGCCUAGGUUUAGCUAGUUGCUGCAACGCCUUCACAAAAGCAAGGUUUCCUUAUUCCACUGGGAUAGCAAAACGAGACUAUAUUAAGUACUCCUCUAUGACCCAUUUAAGCCGCUAUAUUAAUAGUAGUAAUGAUGAGGGGUAAAGCUUCAAGUGCGUCGACAAUUGGCUUUUUGCGCGACGUUGAGACCCGUUAAGGUAAUCCCAGACGGAGGCUCCAAGGGGGGUGCGCCGCCGCCGCCCGCGCCUCCCGCCCCGACCAACCCCCUCGUCAUCCGCAUGCUUCAGGUGAGGUGGUGAGGUGAGGGGGAUGUGUGCUCAUGCGCCGCGCUGCAUGCGUGCUCGUCUCCCUGGUGUGUGUGUGGGAGGGAGGGGGGACCAGGUGCGUGCACGCCCCGGACUGUGCAUAUGUCGGUGCAUAUGGCCAGGCGAUGGUCUACCUUUAAAGCCGGGUAAGUGCCUACAUUCCUACUCCUCACCCUCCUGCCAUGCCCCCCUGCCAUGCCGCCCUGCGUCCUCCGCACCAGGAGCGGCAGGAGGCUGAGGCGCAGCGAGCGGCGGUAGAGGGCUCCUUCGGUGCCGGCAACACAGCCGCGUGGAUGCUGCAGCAACACCAACAACACCAGCAGCAACAGCAACAACAAUCCCAGCAGGCGGGCUCGGCAGGGGGCCCUACGUCAGCAUCAGGUGUCGGUGGUACGGCAGCAGCAGCGGCCUCGGGAGUGUCCCAGCCUCCCCACCCACCGCAUCAUCACCCUCAUCACAACAACAACAACCAGCAACAACAACAAAUGAACCACUACGGGCACACUCGCAGCAGCCACAAACAGUUACACUCACAACCUCAGCUGCAACUGCAACCGCAACCACCUCAACCGCAAUCCCAACAGCAACCCCAGCAGGCAAGCGCCGGCGGCGCCAGUGCUUCCGGCGGAGGCGGCGGCAAUGCUAGCGGCGGCGCCGCCACCACUGUCGUCGUCGCCUCGCCACAACAGGCGUCGCCGCCCGUAUCGCCGCCGCGGCACAUGAUUGUACGACACACAUCCGCAGAGGCGCUACAUCUGCACAACAUGUCGUACCUGGCUUCCAAGGAGGCGUGUCGUACUCUGGCAUCGAGCGCUCGUACGGCACCUUCAAUCAGCUUGCGAGAGGCGCUGUCUGAGAGCCUUAUGGUGAACGGCAACGGCCGGAUGAGUGGCGGUGGCGGGGGUGGCGGGGGCGGUGUGAUUGGCGUUGGCAUGGGUGGGGGGAUGGGUGGGGGAGGAGGAGCUUUGCGGCCUGCUUCUGCAGCUACCAGAGCGUUUGUGUCGUUUUCACGUUAGUAUCGGGUAGAUUCUGAUGGAAGGCGGGGCAGCAAUUGGAACCAGAUGUCUUGAAAGCGUAAUGUGGCUGACAUGCCCGUGCUGGCCUGAUAGGACAGGGCGUACGGUGUUGUGGUGGAGGAGACGGAGAAAAGGAUGCGUGCGGUUAUACCUGGCGGAUACAUGCGGAAAGCGUGCGUGCAUCCAUUCAUGUGGCUUUGUGAGACAGGGCCUGCCUGCUGCGGUAGUCAGCAGCAGUUGCGUUAUAAACACGGCAACAGCGAACGCGGAAUACUGAUGGCGUCGUGGGACCUAUUGGCAGCAUGGUAAUCCUAUAUUGGCAACAUGUGCAUGAGCAAGUGUAUGGAGGGGGUGCAGGAGAUGCGACUAGUACAGGACGCAGGGAGGGGCUUUGUGGUACACUUGAGGGCUAGUCUGUGGGGCGAGCUGUGCAGGUACCGCCGUAGAAUGGUGUUGACGCCUGAACUGUAGUGUUUGUUGGACGAGCGCUAGUGGUUCCGCUGCGUCCUAGAGCUAUGACUGGACGGCUUCACGUCAGCCUCAUUGUGGCUCGCCGAGUCCAGCUCGUUAACUGCAAAAAGUGGAGUAACACGGUUCUUGCGACAAGAGUUAUGUCUGUUUAAUUCUCAGCUCUCAAAACCGAGCACGUCGACAAGCAGCUUUGAGCAAUGUGCGACCUCUUUUCAGUGGACACUGGCCCUGUUAAGCGCACCAAUUGUGAGACAAUGGUGUUUUAGUACAAAUGUAACGAAGUACGAU